AGUCCUCAAUUAAAACCUUUGAGACGGUGGAGCUGUUCGUAGUUACGGCGGUAAUCGGCGGCCACUGCCGCUCUCUCUCGUGUAUGUGUGUGUGCUCUAUAUAUAAUGGAUGAUGAAAGGGGAUUCGAGAGCUAUGUGGUGGUACACAACAUAGCGAAGAGGCACAACGUGGGCACACUGGCUCGAAGCGCCACUGCCUUCGGCGUCUCCGAGCUCAUAUUGGUGGGCCGUCGAGAUUUCAACGCCUUCGGCAGCCAUGGCUCCUCCUCCCAUCUCCGCUUCCGCCACUUUCACUCCCUCUCCGACGCCCACCUCUUCCUCAAGGAAAGGGAUUGUGAUAUAUGUGGAGUGGAGAUUACGGACAAUGCGGCGGCUGUGAAUCAGCAUCCUUUCAAGAAGAGCACUGCUUUUCUUUUCGGCAAUGAGGGAACUGGGCUUUCUGCUAAAGAAUGUGAGAUUUGUGACUUCUUUGUUUAUAUUCCACAAUAUGGGUGUGGUACUGCUUCUUUAAAUGUAACUGUUGCAGCUUCCAUUGUUCUACAUCACUUUGGAGUGUGGGCAGGAUUCUCUGAGAGAACCCGUGAUGGAAACAAGUUUGUUGUGGCUGAAAGACCCGUGAAACAGGUGAAACGAAAUUUCUGCACAGAAUCAGCAGAUUCUAUUGCUGAGGAGCGAAAAUCCAGGAGGGAAAAUGCUACAAAUGGAUUUUUUGAUGAAAGCGAAGAAGGCGAUUCACCUUCUAAUCUUCUGAAUGCAAUGUUUGGGGAUAAGUGAUUGAUAAUAACUUAAUGACAUGAUAUUUGCCCUUGAUUCAAGUUUGGCAUAGUAAACAUGAGAAAGAGCGGGGCUUUCUAUUCUAGAGUCCUUGCUUCUGUAUAUCAGAAGCAUACUGAGGAGUUACAGGAGAUUACACUCAUCAUUAUGGCAAGUUAACCCAUGGAGUCUUAUGCAAUUACAAUGUGGCCGAUGGCAUUGAAGAGAUUUGUGCGAGUUUUGUAUGAAUCAGCAGUCUCUAUGAAAAUAAUUUACAGGGAUCAGUGUUUUCAGUUUUCUCCAGUCUGACAAAUUAUAGGGGUGUAAUUGGUGAUUUUAUGCUUUUCUUUUGACAAUUUACUUGGAGAAUGUUUUACGGGUCAGUCUAAAACAUCCCUCUGUGUGUGUGUGUGUGUGUGUGUGGAAAGACUUUUAGGGAUUUCUACCCGAAGUCGUUGG